UUGACAUUUCAAUGUCAAUGUCUAAUGUCUUCUUUGACAUAAUCCUAGCCGUUAUUAUUUUAGAAAAUAUUUAAAAACGUGAUUAAAAGUUAUUAAAAGUAAUCAUCAAUUAAUUACACUUGUUCUUAAAUGGAGCCCAUGACGUUAGGAAGCGCCCCUUCAAGUCCUGCAUCUCCUGCUGCUAACCGCAAUUUUUUACCUGGUUUUUUAAUAGGAGGUGAUAAUCAAAUUCCAUCAGGUAACCCAAGUAUUUCACCUGGAAGGAAUAAAACCCCUGGGACAGGCGGCAAAACACCAGCAAACGAACCAAAUGGCUUCCGUCAAAAGUUGUUCAAUCACCAGCUUAAUGAAAGUGCAGGAUACACACCAGCACCUGAAAAAGGAGGACCACCCAAAUUAGGACUCUUUGAUAGUUUAGAACAAAAGAAAAAAGGCAGUCCUAUCCUAAGUAGUACAGUAGGCCCAGCAGUUAAUGACUCCAUUACUUUUAACGAUAGUAUAUCUGGGAUACACGAAGACCACAGUUUUAGAAUGACCAGCUACAAUGAGUCCCUGUCACGAACACCAAAUAGAAGUUCCUUCAAUGCAGGAGAUCGUAUCGACACAAACUGGGUAACUGUUUUUGGCUUCCCUCCUAGUGCUCUCAAUUUAAUAUUAGCUCAGUUAUCCAAUUGUGGUCCUAUAGCAGAGAAAAAGGUACCACCUCAAGGUAAUUGGGUUCAUGUCAAGUUUAAUCAUAUAACAGAAGUAUCAAGAGCACUGUCUUUAAAUUGUAAACUGAUUAAUAACAGCAUCAUGAUCGGAGUGACUCCAUAUCACCACAAAGAAAAUAAGGAGAAUGAUAGUUCCAUGUAUGCAUCGCCUAUGAGAGUUAGAUCAUUGAGGCAUUCGUUUAUUUCACCUAGCUCACAAAAUUCUGUUAUUUCGCCUCAGGCUUUACCACAGAAGUCUACAGGAAUAGUUACGAAAGCUAUGGAAUACGUGUUUGGAUGGUAAAUGUAUGUUUGAUAGAAAUAGAGACUUAAGACAAUGUUUGAAGUAUUAGUUUAUGUCAUUCAUGUUUUUCAUACUGUAUUAGAAUGUAACAAUUGCUUGAUAAAGUUAAUUUUGUGAUAUUGGCUCAAACUCUAAUCAACUCUAGAUUUAACAUCUUUAAAUUAUCCUUGUUGGGAUAUCUGACAACCUAUAAUAGACCUGGAUCUUGUGUACCAAAAAAAAGUUGAUUAAUGGCAAGCUGAAAAUUUGUUAAUAGCUUAACGGUGUCUAGUCAGAAAAACUUUGAUGAACGGGAACAGUGGAAGUUUUAAUUGUGGAACAGGUUAAAAAUUUGGAAUGUCAGAUUACAAAAACAUCCCAUGUAUUUUGUCGGACAGAACAUCCAAUUGAUUUGUUACCCUUUCAAUAAACUCUCAUGCAAAAAUCAGACUGCUAUUACUAACCAGCAUGAUUCCUGUCAUUUGACAUGUUCUUUGUGUUCCACUCAUUAAAAUGCCCAGUUGGUGAUAAACACCAGUCUGAUUUUUCCAUGAGAGUUUAAUGAAAUGGUAACAAAUCAAUUGGAAGUUCUGUCCGACAAAAUACAUGGAACAUUUUCGUAGUCUGACGUUCUAAAUUUUUAACCUGUUCCACAAUUAAAACUUCCCCUAUUCCAGUGUUCCCAUACAUCAAAGUUUUUCCGACUAGACACCGUUAAGCUAUUAACAAAUUUUCAGCUAUUAAAUGCUAUUAAUCAACUUUUUUUUGGUAUGCGGGGUCCAGGUCUAUAAGUCAAACUGACACGUUUUAAGAUUGGUACAAUAUUUUGUAUUAUUGAUCAUAUCUGCACCUAGGAGGUUAACUACAUUAUGUCUACAUGGUGUUGUUUUGAAUAACUUCCAUUAAUCCACUUAUUUUAUUAGUUGGAUUAUACAAAUUGGUUAUAUAUUAUCAUUAAAAUGUGGUCAUAUUGUCAAACAAUUAUGGGAUGUAUCAGACUUUUAUAACAUUCCAAUGUCCAGUUGCACCAACAAAUAAACAAUUGAUUUGGAUUUCCCGUUUAUUUUAAAAUAUAAUUGUCAAAAAACCAUCAAAUUAAAAACAGAAAUUUUAAUGAUUCUCCCAAAAAAUAUUAAAUUUUAACCUUUUUCAAAAGAAAAGUUAUUUGUUAUUAUAUUUGAUGGUAAAAAAUUUAAUAUUUGUCCAGCAUUGUUAACAUUUAUGUUUUUAAUUGACAGUUUUUUGACAAUUAUUAUAUUUUAAAAUAAACGAGCAUUCCAAGUCAAAAAAUCAAUUGUUUAUUUGUCGGUGCAACUGGACAUAAGUGCUCUAAACUUUGUUGCAAACACACGCUAAACACAGUUGCUCGAAAUGACAUAGUGUAGUUUACCUCCAAGGUUCAGAUAUUUUUUUAUAUAAAUUUUUGGAUGUGUUCGAUCAGUUAGGAAGUAUUUAUCUUUAUCUAUAAAAUUGUUCUGUAGCUAUUUUUUUGUGGCAUUUACUAUUUUAAUUGGGAAAUAAGCCACAAUUUGACAUCUAGAGAGAAAUUCACAUCAAAAGUGCAGUAGGUACAGCUAAGAUAAGGCAAUACAUUUCUAAAGGGGAAUAAACACACAGGGCUGUCUGUCUUCACCAGUUCUUGAUUGCUCUGUCAAGAGUGUUGCACAGGAACUGUAGCAACACUGAAUGUGCAUUCGUAUCUUAACCGUACUGCACUCCCAGUGUGAAUUUUGCACUAGAUGAUGACAACGUUUUGGUGGUUCCAGAACUGCAGGAUGAAAUUCUCAAAUGGUCUCAAAAGGUUUCAAAGGAAUGCCAAAGAAAACAGCCAACAACGAAGUUGUAGCUAAAGAAGCCAAACCUGAGAGACCCAAACGUGCCCCCAACAAAAAGGCAGCAAAAAAAGAAAAAUCUCCUGUACCAAAAGAAGUUGCAGAAGCUAGAACUAGAAGAAGAAGAGCCAAAGUCUGCGAAAAAAACAAAGAAUGAAGCUGCUGAGAAACCAGAAGAAUUUACAAGGAAAACUGUCUUUAAGAUAAAACUGUCAGUGAGAGUACUGUCUUUAAAUUGCAAACUGAUUAAUAACAGUAUCAUGAUCGGAGGGACUCCUUAUCACCACAAAUAAAAUGAAGAGAAUGAUAGUUUCAUUUAGGCAUCGACGAUGAGAGUUAGAUCGUUGAGGCAUUCGUUUAUAUCGCCUAGCUCCCAAAAUUCUGUUAUUUCACACCAAGCUUUACCUCAGAAGUCUAUGAGAAUUGUUAUGAAAACUAUGGAAUAUGUAUUCAGGUGGUAAAUAUAUGGUUGGUAGAAAUAGAGACUUAAGAGUUUGAACUAUUAGUUUAUGUUAUUCAUGUUUUUCAUACUGUUUUUAGAGUGUAACAAUUGCUAGGUAAAGUUAAUUUUGUGAUAUUGCUCCUUUUGGGGAUAUAUACAGCUCCAGGAACGAACUGUGGCCUGUCACAAGUGCUGUCGUCAGUCAUACACCCAUCUAAUCUCUACACAUAGUUUCUCUCACCGGCCAUGGUUCACUUCGGGAGCUGUAACAACCUAUAAGUCACCCUGACACGAUUUAUGACAGGUACAAGAUUUUGUAUUAUUGAUCAAAUUUUUUUAUAUUAAUUUUUUGGUGUGUUCGAUCAGUUAGGAAAUGUUUAUCUUUAUCUAUAAAUGUGUUCUGUAGCUAUUUCUUUGUGGCGUCAAUUUACUAUUUUACUUGGGAAAUAAGCCACAAUUUAAGUUGGAAAUAAAAUUUAUUUGACAUUUCGACUUCCACUUCAGAAAUUGUUAUCAAAAUACAAAAUUGUAAAUACCAGAGCAAGCUGAUGAACUAGAAGUAAACGAACCAGAGCCUGCGAAGAAAACAAAGAAGGGAUCUAUUGAAAAACCAAAAGAAUCAACAAGGAAAGCAAAGAAAGCAGUUGUUGAUUCUUCUGAAGCUGAUGCACCCAGUAAGAAGUCAUAGAAGCUGGUGGCUGAAGCUAAUGGUGAUUAUAAAUCAUCUCAAAAGAAACCUAAGAGGGUUACAAAAUCAAAAAGGAAUGUUGAAGAAGAAAAUAAAGAUGAGUUUAAAAACAGUAACAAUCAUCAUUAGUGGUUGCUUGUCUGUAGAUAAGAGACAUGUACAGCAUCAGAAGUUACAGUUGUUUUUGUACUAAUUUUUACAAACAUACCAAUAAAUUAAUAGGUAAGAAACAGUUUAAAAAAUGAACCUAGAAUAAUUUAGUCCAAAAUUUCAUUAUUCUCAUCUUUAUCUUUUUCUUGAAUAUUCUUUUUUAUUUCGCCACUCUCUUAGGUUUCUGUUCAGUCGAUUUGGAAUCACAAUUGGCUUCAGCCACUUAAUGGGUUUAUCAACUUAAGAGGGAUCAUUAGCUGCUUUCUUCGUUUUCCUUGUGGAUUUUUCUGGUUUCUCGGCAGCUGCCUUCUUUGUUUUCUUUGCAAGUUUUGACUCUUGUUCUUCUAGUUCUUCGGGUUCUGAACUUCUGGAACAGGAGAUUCUUCAUUUGAUGGGGACAAUAUUUGGGACUCACAGGUUUGGCUUCCCUAGCUACAACUUCGUUGUUGGCUGUGUUCUUUGGAACCUGAUGAGGACCGUUUGGGAACUUCAUCCUGAAGUUGCGGAACUAUCAAAAAGUUGUCAUCUAGAUUUUCAAAGAGGAAAUCGAAACGUCAAAUAAAUUUCAUUUCCAACUUGAAUUAUGGCUUAUUUCUCAUGUAAAAUAGUAAAUUUUAUCUAUAAAUUUGGACAAGUAACCUUUAUUAUUCUGUAUGGUGCUUAAAUUGUAUUAAUAUUUAAUAAAGACCACUAGACAACUUUGAAAAUUUCAAGUUUUUAAUAAUUACCUUAAUGCACCCGCUCCUUUUGAAGGUUGGCAAUUCAAAUGGCAAUUGUAGCGUUGGAUCAGAUGCAUGAAGGAUUUCUGUACAUGAACAGUCAAAACAUUACCUCAGGUCUUUUAGCCAAUAAUCACAAAGAAAUAACAAUUACAAUGUGAAGUAAAAAUAAAAAACUCAAAUAUCUUAUCAAAAAUUAUAAUCUGUUAAUUAACUUUUUCCGUCGACCGUCCAUUUAUGAUCAAUUUUAACACCCUCAAAAUCAGCGAUUAAUGACCCCUACUAAUGAAUGAUUUUCUAUUAAUGAACGAUUUCAUUAUAGGCAACACAACAUACAUUGCUUGCAUAAAUUAAUUAAACGCUCUGUGAUUGGCAGUGACCUGUGGUGUAGGCAACCAAACAUAUACCUAUUUAUAUUCCCAUUAAAAAAUUUAAAAUCAAGUAGCCGCUGUUAGUACUAUCUGUCAUUGUAUGUCAUUAUUUAGUUUAUUGUUUAAAAUUCUGUGUAUUUGAAAAAUCAAAAGAUGGAUAUAUCUUUAGUUCUAAAAAGUACGGUCGACGGAAAAGUUUUGUAACGAACUCGUGAAUUAAAAUUGCGAUUAACAAUCUCGAACAUUAACGCGCUAGCUCCGCUCACGCGUUAAAAUAUCUCAAUUGUUAAUCGCCCUUAUUAAUACACUUGUUGGUUAAAUAACUAUUAUUGUAUCUAUCAGCUAUUGAAAUGUAUGAUUCUAUCUCAAUAUUAUUUUAUGCUCUAACUCUUCAGAAUUUAGAAAGAUAAUACGAACUGUACAUAUUAUGGAGCUCCAUUACAAGUUUAGUACCGUAAAGAAGUUUGAAGAUGGUAAGAUUUUGCCACUUUUUUUGCAUUAGUCUAGACUUCUAGACAACUGAAUAUGGGACGAGACAUAAUACGUUUUAAUAUAAUGCCUAUUUGUUGUAAUAAAUGCCAAUUAUUUAUCAAAAUGUGGAUAUUGAAUAGGUAAAGAUAAAGAUGUUUUGUUUAGAAAAGUCUUGUUUCUGGUAUUGUUACAUUUUUUUUACUUUUUAAAUAUUUCUUUUAUGGGCCAUUUCACGAACAUACGCCUGUUUUGGAUUACUUCGACAACGAAUAUUUUACUGUGCAACAUAAGAAGUACGAAAGUAAAUGGCGCUAAUAAUUAUUCCAAUAAACAACAUUGUAAUUUGCAAUUUACUUUCGUUCUUAUUAUUUUGCACAGUAAAAUAUUCGUUGUCGAAGUAAUCCAAAACAGGCGUAUGUUCAUGGAAUAGGGUAUACAGUUUUAUUAUGCCAUUUUCAUCUAUAUAUUUGUAAUAAAUUACUUAUAUUUUUUA